UAUAAGUGAUUUAGGAAUGUGUCAACCAGCAAAUAAUGAAGAAAAAUCAGAUAAAAAAGGAGUUUAUAGAGUAUUGCCUUAUAUGGCACCAGAGGUUUUACGUGGAUAUCAAUAUACAAAAGCAGCUGAUAUUUAUUCAUUUGGAAUAAUUAUGAAUGAGUUCCUUUCUGAAGAAAUUCCAUUUAAUGAUGUUCCUCAUGAUCAUAUUUUAGCUAUUAAAAUAUGUAAAGGGCUUAGACCCAAAAUUUCUGAAGAUAUUUCAAAAUUUCUUGUAGAUUUAAUUAUGAAAUGUUGGGAUGCUAAAGCAGAAAAUAGACCAUAUGCUAAAGAAUUGUAUCAAACAUUAAAUAAAUGGUAUCAAAUGAAAAUAAGUCUGAAAGUAUUAAAACUCAUCCUCAAGCAAUCUAUACCAGUAGACUUUUAAACUUUAUAAAUCUUCCAGAGCCUGUAAAUUCAUCAGAUUUAACAUCUUUCCAAGUUAAUUCAGGUAAAUCUUCAGAAAAAUCUUAUUCAGAAUGCUUUGAUGUUCAACUUAGCGAAUCAG